CAUCCACAAAUUCACUAUUAAAAAAAAAGAUUUUAAAAAACCCAUUUUUUCUUUCUCUAUAAAUCCCCCAAAAACCCAUGACAUAGAAACCAAAAAACACAACUCGAUUCUCUCAUAUUUUUCUCAAACCCAAUAAUUUUUCACUUUCUUUUUCAAAAAUACCACAAAAAGAGAAAGAUGAAAGAGUAUUGGACAUCUUUUGCUUCGUUAUUAGGAGUUUUAGCCUUCUGUCAAACCCUACUCCAAACCGUUUUCCCACCGGAGCUCCGCUUCGCCUUAAUCAAGUUCGUCAACCGAGUCUUCCACUGGUUCUCCUCCUACUGUUAUUUCGACAUAACGGAGAUUGACGGCGUUAACACCAACGAGCUCUACAACGCCGUACAGCUCUACCUAAGCUCCUCCGUCUCCAUCACUGGCUCCCGUCUCAGCCUCACUCGAGCUCUCAACUCCAGCGCCAUCACCUUCGGUCUCUCCAACAAUGACGUCAUCGUCGACUCCUUCAACGGCGUUAACGUUCUCUGGGAACACAUCGUUACCCAGCGCCAGUCUCAGACCUUCUCCUGGCGGCCAUUGCCGGAGGAGAAGCGUGGCUUUACUCUCCGGAUCAAGAAGCGAGAUAAGACCCUUAUACUCAACUCUUACCUGGAUUUCAUCAUGGAUAAAGCCAACGAGAUCAGGCGCAAGAACCAGGACCGUCUUCUUUACACGAAUUCACGAGGUGGCUCGCUCGAUUCCAGGGGCCACCCUUGGGAGUCUGUACCGUUCAAGCACCCGAGCACGUUCGAGACACUCGCCAUGGACCCGGAGAAGAAGAGGGAGAUAAUGAACGAUCUCAAGGACUUCGCCGACGGUCAGAACUUCUACCAGAAAACGGGUCGGGCUUGGAAACGUGGGUACCUCUUGUACGGUCCUCCGGGAACCGGGAAAUCGAGUAUGAUUGCUGCAAUGGCGAAUUUUCUCGGGUACGACAUUUACGAUCUGGAGCUCACUGAGGUUCACACGAACUCCGAACUCCGGAAGCUUCUGAUGAAAACGAGCUCGAAAUCGAUCAUCGUCAUCGAAGACAUUGACUGCUCCAUAAACUUGACCAACCGGAAAAAGGCCAACUCGGGCGGAGGAAGCGGCCGGGGAUACUUCGAUUCGGGAGUCUCGCCGGAUAUGAGAAGCGGGUCCGGGGCCGGGUCGGGCGCCGAAGAGGGAGGCGGGAACACUAUAACUCUAUCUGGGUUGUUGAAUUUCACAGAUGGGUUGUGGUCUUGCUGUGGAAGCGAGAGGAUUUUCGUGUUCACGACGAACCACAUUGAGAAGCUUGACCCGGCAUUGUUGAGGAGUGGUCGCAUGGAUAUGCAUAUCUUCAUGAGUUACUGCUCGUUCUCGUCUCUGAAGAUUUUGCUGAAAAAUUACUUGGGUUACAACGACGAAGAUGACGUAGCCGACGACGUCGUUUUGAGAGAGAUCGAAGCUGUUAUUGCCAGAGCCGAGAUGACCCCCGCUGACGUCAGCGAGGUUCUGAUUAAGAACCGUCGCGAUAGAGCGAAGGCUGUUCGCGAGUUAUUGGAGGUUUUGAAGGUUAAAGCCAAGGCUAAUACUGAGUCGGCGAACCGGAAGAGUGGACUCGGUCUGAAGAAGGGGAUUGAAGAGGAGGAAGAGGAGGAAGAACAAGAGAAGAGAGCUUUGGAGAGUCCUCAUGGGAAAGAAAAUGUUGACUUUGACCAACUGAGUUGCAAGAACGGUGGUGGAGAUAAGAUUAAGGAUCAGAACGAAGAAGAAGAAGAAGAAGAAAAGAAAGAAAAAUGAAGAAGAGAAAGAUAGAGAGUCCUUAGUUUUGACCGUUUUAGAAAGAAAAAGUUAAAGAGGGACUGAUUUGCAAAUUUGAGGAUUUUGUGUCUUCAAACUUUGGUUAGUGGGGUGGGUUCACUUCUUUCUAUUCUAACUAGCUAGUAGUGGUAGCUAAAGAAGAAAGGGUUAAAAGGAAAAGAUUGGGUAAAUUAUUAUGGUAUAUCCGGAUUUUUAACAUGUUAUUACAAGAAUAUAUUUGUCUAAUGUCUUGCUAAGCUUCAAUAAUGAGGGCUUAUUUUAUAAACAUAAUUAUUAGUAUUAUCACCAUGAUUAUAGAUAAGCUUAAGUUUGCAUAUGAGAAAGAAUGUGAUUGUUUGCCA